AUGAUGGGCGGAAAGCGAGGUCGCUCCACCACACUCAAUGGCCAAGAGCGCGUUCGGACUCACUUGCUAUUCUCAAAGCAGACGGAACGACAGCAUCAGAAACGGAAGAGGAGAGCACAAAAUAAACUACAUCAAGUCACUCACAAGAAGGACGAAAUGAUACAGACUGGUGCCGGUGAGCUGGACCCAUCUCAAUGGACAGGUAAUCAACGAGUGUUGCACUUUGGACCCAUGGCUCAGAGAGAUCCUUACUUCUAUUACUAUCCGAAGGGAUGGGAUGUUCUGUAUCCCGCUCACUUUGGAUUUUUUCCUUACCGCACUACGAAAUUCCGAGGCUCAUCAUCCGUUGUGUGCAUCUGUGCCUUUGGCGUGUUCAUGAUUUUAGGAGGAGCUCUCAUGGUGUACAUGGGUUUCUUUGUUAUGCAUGAUUCACCGUUUUGGACAUGGUCAUCAGAUCGCAAACAACGUCCACCACCAAUUCAAGUUGCUGGACCAUUGUUUUUUAUCCUAGGAGUCAUUCUUGUACUAGCAGCUACUCUUUAUUCUCUGAUUACUUCAAGCUUUUUCAAGAUGUAUUUACACCAUACAAAACAACACGAUGAACCAGCUAGAGUGACGACAAUAACAACAACAUAUCAGGCCGCACCUCCUAUAUUUGAGAAGCAUCCAUACCAGCCACUUCCACCUCCUGCCUAUCCUGUCCUAGAGAACAAAUAUGCACAUUCGUCAAUUGUUCGUCCGCAUGAUGAAAUGAAGUUGUACCCUCCAGUUAUUCCUGGAUAUUCUACACUAUCCUUACAUCGAAAGUCACCGAGUAGUAUCUUCAUAGCAAGUCCAUACAAUACGUUGCGGGCUACCAGUGUUGCGAGGCAUCAAUCCGGUGUGGAAACCCGAUCAUCUAUUGCAGAACAGAGACGAGCUGGUUCAAUAGUCACUCGAAAGCAGUCGACUGAAAGUGGAAGUCAUAAACGAUCGAAGAGUGCUGGGCCACUCAACAGAAGCUCCUCGGCAAGAAGCUCAAUCCGCCAACGCUAUCGUGAAAAUAGCCAUUAUCCACAGGUUGAGUUCCGGAACAGUGAUCGCCGCUAUCCUGACUUUCUUGUAGCCGUUGAGUACACCUUUCCCGUUUCGUUAAUGGGUAACUCAUUCCACUGCCUUCACCUCGUGCGAGAGAAAAAAUUUGUUCCUAUCGAUGACCACAAGUCGCGCACGAUCGUGAAUUUCACGCCCGUUGCUCGUCCAGAAACCAUUGAAGAAAAUAUGGUGGAAGGGAGUGUUCGAAACGAACAAGCGAGUGUUGUUGCAAACGGCGGUAGUGACGAUGAGCCUUCACCAAAUGACGCAGAUGUAAGUGGUCCAGGAUUAACGACUUCAGAUACCGUGGUGGACGCACAAUCGGCUCCGGUGGAAUGCAAACCUGUUCAACGAAGAUUUAACUAUGUACCUGUGAACACCGUUAGUUUUGCACUUCCGGAGGGUUACUCAACGUCUCGCAGUGACAUCGAAUUCCUUGGUUCUGGCGCUUAUGGUAAUGUAAUCAAAACAAUAGUGGAAUGUCGUGAUGGAGAAGUGCGUGCAGUGGCUGUAAAGAAGUUCAGGGAUCCGUUUUGUGAUCAGUUGCAGGCGCGGAUGAUAUACAGAGAGAUUAAAUUGUUGCAAAUAAUGAGACAUGAUGGCGUCAUUCGUGCUAUUGAUCUAUACACGCCGAACACUGUUGAGCAUGAGUUCAAAGACGUAUAUGUGGUUACGGAGUUUGCCGGCGACAGCAUAGUGAAAAUACUGCACGACCAAAAAGUUACUGGUAGAACUCACAUCACUCCUGAACACGUUCCUUUUAUCAUAUAUCAGCUGCUGAGAGUCUUGAAGUAUAUUCAUUCAGCAAAUAUAAUCCACAGAGAUUUGAAACCGGGAAAUUUGGCAUUGACCAGUGACAGCGAUUUGACAGUUUUGGAUUUCGGUAUGGCUAGAUCAUUAGAACGCACAGAGACAUCGCUUACUCAGUAUGUUAUGACGCGAUGGUAUCGAAGUCCGGAAGUCAUUUAUUGGAAUAUUGACGGCUACAACGAGCAAGUGGAUGUAUGGUCUGUUGGUUGCAUAACAGCAGAAUUGAUGCUUGGGAAACCUCUCUUCCCUGGGGAAGACACAAAUGCGCAGUAUGAGAUGAUAACGAGUUUGUGCGGAAGCCCUGACGAAGACCUGAUGAGAAAGAUAGAAGCUAAUAGUCCUGCAACACGUAGAGUAGUCGAAUCAUAUCCACAUCAUGAACGUCAGAAUUUCUCACAGCGAUUCGCCGGAUGCCCACCGUUAUUCAUUGAUUUUCUCGACAAGAUCCUUGUGCUUGAUCCUGAAAAGAGGCUAACCGUGGAAGGUUCGCUCUCACAUCCCUACUUUGCUGAUUAUGUAGAUGCCACUGAUGAGCCAACUGCAACUUCUUCCUUUGAGUUAAAUGAUAAUCCCAGCAGGUCCAGGGAUGAAUGGAAAGGCAUUAUAUGGCAAGAAAUUCAAAAUUUCACCGGAGACGAUGCUUCGCCGAAGAUUCAAUUCUAA